AUGUCUGCGACAUGGUAUACGAAAGAUCAGCAUGGAUUCAGCAUUUUUACCUUGUUGAUUCAGCUUAUUUUCUGUCAUCUACUUUCUUGGUUGCCUUUUGUUGUCAUCCUAGCUGAUCCAGAGGAUCGUUUGGAGUCUGGCUGUGUACCCAUUGACUUUGAUGAUGGUGAUCAUCGCCAGGUACCAAUUUCUCGAGUCCGUCGCCUGCCCGAUCACUUCUCGAACCUCUGUGAAUUGGCCCAAAUCGCUCCUGACGCCGGAAAAUGCGGUAUCAGCAGCAGCCAAUCUGGAAGUCUGCACAUCGCUACUACCACCGCCUUUGCAGCAAUUGCUGCUACCACCUUUAAAAACAGUGUUGACUACACAAGUUCUGUUGCCCCGUCGGCACAUCUCUUGCUUGCCCCCAAUCAGACUGCCUUUCGUUGCAAUGACUCCAAUCUGCUGCCUCCUACAAACCUUUCUUUGUCUUCAGACUCCUCAAGGCUUGCAUUUACUCAAGCUGCUGCCAAAGGACGUACUAGAAUUCUGCCCCUUUCGACUAAUCAAAGCACCAAUGGUAUAUCGCUUCUAUCACAGCCUGGACCGACCAGAUGCCGGCAGACAAAUGUGUCUGUAGUGACUUCCAAACGGCCCGUCGGUCGUCCGACUAGGUCGAAGAUAUGA